UUUUUCCCCCCUAACCUCUGCAGGGAUGGAAGCUUCCUGGCGCCAGGUGGCCGGUGGCCGAGGCCGCGCCCGAGGACGGGCCACGGCGGCCCCCUCCUCAGGAAAUGGGGUCCCCCUCCGCGGCGCCGGAGGAGGGCGAGGGAAAGGGUCGGUGGGCGUCGCUGGUUCUGGCCCCAGCCCGGGAGGAGCCGCGACCCCCGCGUCUGCCGGGAGCUCAGCCAAGCGCAGCCCGUCGGGAUCCGAAGCCCCGCGGACCUCCGUGGCCAGCGCUGAGCUAACGUCUCAUAGGAAAUUUGAAGAAAUCAAGAAGGCGAAUCAAGCAGCAGCCAAAAAACUUGUUGAAGAACACUUUAGCUCUUCAUCUGAAGAAGAAGGAGAUGAAGAUUUUGAAGGAAAACGGGGAAAAAUAGUUGCUAAUACAUUUACAACUUACACUACCCAGACAGAUGGAGAUACACGUGAAUUAGAGCGAACAAAGCAGUAUGUAAAUGAAGCUUUUCAAGCAGGGGCUAUGACAUGCUUAAUUUGUAUUGCUUCGGUGAAGAGAAACCAAGCAGUUUGGAGUUGUUCAGGAUGUUUCUGUAUUUUUCAUAUGCCCUGUAUCCAGAAGUGGGCUAAAGACAGCCAGUUUCUGGUAUCUUCUCCUUUGACAGAUGAUGACUUUGGAAAGAGAGAUUAUCCAUGGCCUUGUCCAAAAUGUAGGUUUGAAUACAAACAAUCUGACACACCUACUAGGUACUAUUGCUAUUGUGGAAAGGUAGAAGAUCCACCUUUAGAUCCAUGGCUUGUGCCUCAUUCAUGUGGCCAAGUAUGUGAGAGAGAAUUCAGACCUCCUUGUGGCCAUAAGUGUUUACUUCUCUGUCAUCCAGGUCCCUGUCCUCCCUGUCCAAAGAUGGUCACAACUACUUGUUACUGUAAGAAAGGAAAACCUAUUCCUCGUAGGUGCAGUGCCAAGGAAUGGUCUUGUCAGCUGCCUUGUGGACGGAAGUUGCUCUGUGGACAACAUAAAUGUGAAAAUCCUUGUCAUGCAGGGAGUUGUCAGCCCUGUCCCAGAGUUAGCAGACAAAAGUGUGUCUGUGGCAAACAAGUAGCUGAAAGAAGCUGUGCCAGUCCACUAUGGCACUGUGAGCAAGUUUGUGGGAAAACACUGCCAUGUGGUAAUCACACAUGCGAGCAAGUUUGCCAUGUUGGUGCUUGUGGAGAAUGUCCUCGAUCUGGGAAGAGGUUCUGUCCAUGUCAGAAGUCAAAAUUUUCUUUGCCUUGUACUGAAGAUGUGCCAACUUGUGGAGACAGUUGUGACAAAGUACUUGAAUGUGGAAUUCAUAGGUGUUCACAGCGUUGUCACCGAGGCCCUUGUGAAACUUGUAGACAAGAAGUGGAAAAGCAAUGUCGUUGUGGAAAGCAUACAAAACGAAUGCCCUGUCAUAAGCCUUAUCAGUGUGAAACUAAGUGUGUUAAGAUGCGUGACUGUCAGAAGCAUCAGUGUAGGAGAAAGUGUUGCCCUGGAAAUUGUCCACCAUGUGAUCAAAACUGUGGACGGACUUUAGGAUGUAGGAACCAUAAAUGUCCAUCUGUCUGCCACAGAGGCAGUUGCUAUCCCUGCCCAGAAACUGUCGAUGUGAAGUGCAAUUGUGGUAACACAAAGGUGACAGUACCCUGUGGCCGAGAACGUACCACAAAACCACCUAAGUGCAAAGAGCAAUGCAGUCGACCACCAACUUGCCAUCAUACAAGUCAAGAAAAGCAUCGCUGUCACUUUGGCUCAUGUCCACCAUGUCAUCAACCUUGCCAAAAAGUUUUGGAGAAAUGUGGUCACUUGUGUCCUGCUCCAUGUCAUGAUCAAGCAUUAAUAAAGCAAACUGGCAGGCACCAGCCUACAGGCCCUUGGGAACAGCCUUCUGAGCCAGCAUUUAUUCAGACUGCAUUACCUUGUCCUCCAUGUCAAAUUCCUAUUCCUAUGAUAUGUCUUGGGAAGCAUGAGGUGAGUCCUCUACCAUGCCAUGCUGUAGGACCCUACUCUUGUAAGAGAGUUUGUGGACGAACCUUAGAUUGUCAAAAUCAUACUUGUAUGAAAGAAUGCCACAAAGUAACUGAACCUGAUGGCAGCACUGACAAAAACAAGGCUGGCCCAGAAUGUCUUAAGUGUGAGGAAGGGUGCUCUAAAUCACGACCACUGGGUUGUCCUCAUCCAUGUGUUUUGCCAUGUCACCCUGGAGAAUGUCCCCCCUGUGUUCAGAUGCUUAGAAUAAAAUGUCACUGCAAGAUCACAAGCCUAUAUGUGGAAUGUAGAAAAAUAACUACAGCUGAUGUAAAUGAAAAGAACCUCCUCAGUUGUUGCAAAAAUCAGUGUCCUAAAGAGCUUCCUUGUGGUCAUAGAUGCAAAGAGAUGUGUCAUCCUGGUGAAUGUCCAUUUAAUUGCAACCAGAAGGUAAAACUUAGAUGUCCUUGUAAAAGAAUAAAAAAGGAAUUGCAGUGCAACAAAGUACGUGAAAACCACAUUUCAAUAGAAUGUGAUAGCAUGUGCAAGGAAAUGAAGCGGAAAGCAUUUGAGAUAAAAGAAGCAGAAGCCAAAGCUGCUCUUGAAGAGGAAAAACGAAGACAGCAGGCUGAACUGGAGGCUUUUGAAAACAGACUGAAGGGUCGCCGGAAGAAGAAUAAAAAAAGAGAUGAAGUGACAGUUGAGCUAACGCUAUGGCAAAAAUAUAAAUAUUAUCUUCUUCCAGUGUGUGCUGUUAUGGUUGUAGUAUUUGCAUGGUACAUAGUCCACAAUGUGGAUUAAAAUUUUUUAUCUGUUAAUAUACCUCAGAUUGAACUUAAAUUGUUAAAUUUGGAAUAUUAUAAAGUAUUUAUUGUAGAACAUGAUAGAUAUUCAUAUUCAUCUCUGUUUUCUCUUCCAGCUGUUCUUAGCAGGACAGAUGUUAAACUUUAUCUUAAUUAGCAUACUAGAAAUGGUAAUAUGACAUUGUUUAAUAGUAAAGGCAUGACUGAAAUUGCAAAAUAUUUCAUAAGGCAUAGUUAGUGACAGGGUAACAUCUUGUUCAUUGUGCUUCCUUGUAUUAACAUAGUUGUUCCAUUUACUACUUCAAACCAACAUUUUUUUGGGUAAAAUUAAGAUGAAACUGAGCCAUAUGUGCAAUAAGAGGAAUAUUUCACAAUGUUUUGGUUACUUAUUAAAAUAUACUUUUCUUGAUCAUGUAACUUUGUACUUUUUUAAAAAAAAUAAUUCCUGAAGAAGCCUUUUAAAUUGUAACAUGAAGCUAUAUAAUUAGAUUCCAAAGUUGGUUUAUUAGUGAGAAAUAUUUAUUAGUUAUCAAAGUGAAUUUUGGGAUAGUAUGUUCCUCAUAGGAAAAUACAGUUUUGGUUGUUUUUUUUUUUUUAAAAAGGCCAGGUCAAAUUCCUCCACAUGUGGCUGUUUCUUGUGUCAAAGCUUUUAACUGAAGUUAGCAUGUUUUAUAAAACUUCUAUGUGUCUUUUCAAAGUAAUGAUAAAAUAGAAAAUAAUAUUUAUAAGCAAUAAGUGCUGAGCACAAGGCUUAUGAGCUUUGUGUACUUAUUCUCAUUUCUUCUUACUGUGAUCCUUUAAGUAGAUUUCAGCUGGAGAUAACUAGUUCUUACGAAAACAGACUGAUAGAGAAAUAUCAGUAAGCCAAAUCUGUUUGAACUAUAAGUCAUUGUAAAUGGUCUUGCUAUUUAAUUUUUUGUAUGAUCGUUUUCAUUAAAAUUUUUCAUAACAAAUUUGUAAUCUAGAAUAUUUACUGUUUAAAAUAUUUGCCAAGUCUAUGGCUUUAGGCAGCCCAUAAGUAUCACUAUGUAAACUCUAUAAUAUAGUAUUUGGUAGGUGCUAAGAAGUGGUUCAAGUAUGUUUUAAACAGAAAUACAAAGAAGGCUUUUUAAAUUUUGCUGAAUUUAACUCAGAUUUUUAAAAUGCCCAUCAAUCAAAGAUUGACUAUGUCUAGAAUAAAAGAGCAGUCAUUCCUUUAUGCACUUUCAUGUUUUGAUUUUAGACUUUUUUACCUUUCCCAACAAUAGAGUUUACUGGGUUAAUGUUUCAGAAGCUCUAAAUUAGAUUCGCCACACUCAAGUCUUACCUUACUCUAAAAUGAAUAUUAAAGAAUAUGAAUAACUAAGUGUUUACUUGGGAAGAUAUUUUCAUGUAUUUCAGAAUCUUGGCCUAUAAAGCCAAAACCUAGUUCGUGACUGUUGGUUUUCUAUUUUUGCUGUUUUCUUUAAUUUGUAGGAAAGAACUUAGUGAAAAGAUUGAGUGAAAGAUAAAUUAAGCUGUUUGCUGUUCUUUGUUUGCUUGACUGUAGCUCAGACUUAAUUAACUUACCCAAAGUCACACGGCUAUUCCUUUUUUUACAAAAGGUGUUUCCUGUGUGACAGGUACUUUGCAGGUAUUGGAGAUAGAAUGGUGAUCUUUUCUCUCGAGGGCUAAUACGGAGUGAAAGAGAGCAAGCAAGAAAUAGGCAUACACAUAAAGGAGUAUGAUUGCAUAUGGAGUUGAGUGUUGCUGAAAAUAGAGAAAAUUUUCAGAAAGUGAUGAAAGUGGAGGUGAAAAGUCACUAGUUAGUUUAGAUUGAGAAAAUUCCUCUAAGGAGGACAGUUGAGUUAUGACUGACUGACCAUUAUUUGAAGAUCUGAGAGAAAAGUUUAUGAAAGAGAAAAAGCAGCAAGCCCUAGGUUUGGAGAGCAGCUUAGCAUGAUAGAGGAACAGAGAGAAUAACUGGGGUGGCUGAAGCACUAUGAUGAGGUAGGGAGAGUGAGUCUACAGCCAGCUCAUAGUGUGCUUGAUGGACCGUGGCAAGGAACUGGAGUUCUGUUUAGUUGCAGUUGGCAUUGUUGGAAGGCUUAGCCUGGGGAUUAUGUUUUUGUUUUUGUUUGUUUUACAAGUGCAGCCUGCUGACUUCUAUGCAGAGAAAAUACUGUAAGGAGGACAGGGUAAAAGCAAGGAGGGAGUUGAGUUGGGAGGCAGUCCAGGUUGGUGCUAGGGAUCAAAACAGGGAUGUGAUGUGUAGCUCAGUUGCCAUGGUUCUCCCUUGCCCAGAAUGAGUGGGUGAGGACUCUGCAGAAACAACUGCAUGAUGAAUAGGAAGGACUGAUUGAAACAGGAGAGAGGAAAUAAAUAAACUCUUCAAGGUCAAAAUGAAGUUAAAUUUGGUCUAAAUACUUAUUUGUUCUGAGGGAAACAAAACAGUACUAUUGUCCUAUUUGCUUUACUCUGAGCCAGUUUGAGAAGGAAUGGGAAAUAACUACUAAGAAUGACAUAGAUAAAAUUGUGAACAUGAUGAUCUUAUUUUCUUAUUGU